AUGAAUAAAUUUAAUUUGAGCAACCCUGUAAAGGCUCAAAAGCAUUUAGAAGAUGCUGUAAGUGCACUGAAGGAACUUGUUAACAUCAAGAAGUGUCCAGAAGAUUUAUUAUUUAAUAAAAAUUCUCAGUUUAUUACUUUGAUUAUUUCUCUGUCUAAUACUCCAGAAUUUGUUAAAAGUAAGCAUGUUGCGAUAAAGAUCCCAAAUUCACUAUACAAACACCCAGAAAACGAAGUUUGUUUAUUUGUCAAAGAUCCACAGAGAAAAUGGAAAGAAUUGAUCAACUCUUCUAACGUUGAACUCAAAGUCAUUUCAAAAGUUAUUAGUGUUAGCAAACUUUCUAAGAAAUAUAGUACAUAUAAGGAUAGACGAGAACUUUGUUCAGGAUAUGACCUAUUUUUAUCGGACGACCGUAUAAUAGAAAAGAUGCCUAAAUUAUUAGGUUCAUUUUUUAUUAAAGCAAAUAAAAUGCCAAUUGCAUUGAAAAUCAGGGAAUCAAAUUUCAAGAAUUCACUAGAAUCUGCGCUAUCUUCGACAUUUAUGAGUAUAAAGAAAGGAAAAUGUGUUGGCAUUCGUGUUGCAAGAGUUGAUAUGGACACCAAACAAAUUGUCCAGAAUAUAAUAGAGACAAUAAAACAAGUAUACGAUUUUUUUGAAGGUGAAAAUAAAAAUAAGAAUUGGAAAAAUAGUAUAGAAAGCUUAUAUAUACAGUCUACAAAUACAAUGUCUUUACCUAUUUGGUUUAGGAAGAAGCCAUAG